UCUGAUUCACAGCCUGCUGUUCUGCUCUGCGGCCUUCUGUUUUUGUGUUUUGGAGUUUUAUUCUCGAUUCCUCGGCGCUGUUAUUCCGCCUUACUCGGCUUUAUUUUGUAAAAUGUAUCUUCUGUAGACGUGUUUUAGUGCUCAUACUGCGUGGAUAAAUGUAAGUUAACACCUGCUGAUAGCCAGGCUGCAGACGUCGUAGUUUGACGUGUUUAUCCGUCUUUGUCGUUUUUAAAAUCACACUUAGGAACAAAGCUAGUUCGCUAGGCUUCACUCGCUAGAGCGCUGUAGGAGAUCUGCUCUGCUAAGCGAGGCACAGCCGAACUAAGCUAACUGCUGUAGGCUGAGGUUUGUAGCUAGUGCAGGAGAUGCCAACCUUGUAGCUGUUUGUUAGCAAUAGCGUUAGCUUUAGCGAACUAGCCAGCUCCGUGUUCAGCCAGAGUCGCGCUAAAUGUUCAGACAGACUGACCCAGCUCAGUCCAACGCUCUCUGCUUCUUUAUCCGCAACUGCAGAGGGUUUAUCAAAGACUGAGAAGGCGUGACAGAAUUAUUUAAUAAACGUUUCGAUUAACCAUACUAUUUGUAUCGAUCAGAGCUUAUUUGUGUGCUCCAACUGCAAUGACACAGUUGCUGUUCUGUUACUGUGCGACUUAAAUGCGAGAAGCAGCUUCUUGAUUACAUUAAGUUGCUAUUUCAUUAACUGUUACUUCAAAUUGAUACGUGGUUGCGCUGAAUUUUUGCUUAGUUAGCUACUUUACUUACUCGGGUUACAUUAAACUGUUACUUUGUUGCAUCAAACAUACUUAAUUACUUCGAUUUGCACUAAAUAUUUGCAUUAGAUACGUAGUUGUAUUUAAAAUCUACUUAGUUACAUUAAAAAAAAGAGUUUAUCAGUUAACUUAAGCAGCUAUUUAUUUUCAUUAAAUAAUUACGCAAAUUCAAAAGCAACACAAUGUUCCGCUAUUUGGAUGAUGUUGAUGACAGUCCAUAUAUGAUGGAUCCAUUUGCAGCACACAGACACCAGAUGAGGAGCUUGUUUGGCCCCUUUGGCUUCGAGCCUUUCCCCCUGAACCCUCAGAUCCAGUCUCCAAGAACACACCUGCAGCCACAGGCUGGAGCCUUGACCCCGUUCGGCAUGAUGGGAAUGGGCGGGGGCUUCAUGGACAUGUUUGGGAUGAUGAGUGAGAUGAUGGAGAACAUGGACAGGAUGUCUGGUUCUCCGAGCUGUCAGACCUACUCCUCCUCCACAGUCAUCUCCUACUCCUCCACCGACUCUGGAGCACCCAAAGUCUUCCAGCAGACCAGUGAAGUGCGCACCGCUCCUGGAGGGAUCAGGGAGACGCGUCAGUCUCUCCGCGACAGUGAGAGUGGUAUGGAGCGGAUGUCCAUCGGCCACCACAUUGGUGAAAGAGCCCAUGUGAUAGAACGCUCCAGAAACCGCCGCACGGGCGACCGGGAGGACAGACAGGACUUCAUCAACCUGGAGGAGAGUGAGGCAGCUGCGUUUGAUGAGGAAUGGAGGAGGGGGGUGGGACGGUAUGCACCUCCUAAUAUCCGUGGGCUGGAUUAUGGGCGGGACCGCAGGAUGGGAGCGGGGCAGCUGGCUUUGACCGCACCCCCAAACUCCUCCUCCCCAGCACCCCGUCACGAGUCGCCCCGACACCCCCCUCGUCCUCGUUACGACUGGUGAAGGAGCUGAGUAGUGGGACCAUGAUCUACCUGACGCUGUGAAGGAGAGUGUUUUGGAGAACUGAACUGGACUGGACUGAUAUCCUGUAUGAGCCACACGUUGACCUGCAUCCUGGCAUGAAGUGUGUAUGUGCAAGUUAAAAAGCUUGACUGCUGCAGUGAUGAUGUACAGAAUUGAAACUUUCAUGUGUUAGCUUCAUGCCAGGGCUCAAUUCCCAAAGCAUACACACCAGCCUUCAAUAUAUAUUACCUGUAAGCGUAGUAUGCAUCAGUGGUUCAACUCCUCAGUCCUCUGUGACAUUCUACACACACAAUCUUAAAGUGAAUCGAAGUUCAUUCCCAUGCUUCCAACACUUAAAUAUUAAAAUAUGUAAUAAUACACUACAGCACACCCCACACGUGCACACACACACACACACACACACACACACACAUAUGCACACUCACAGUAAAGUUCCUAAAUGUUUGUGUUGUUGACACCAUGGUAAUAUGUGGGUUGAAUUGUACAAUGUUGACUAAUUAACCUUAUUAACAAAUAAUAAAAUCUUGUUAGUUA